AUGCCAAGUGUCGACAACUCUGCCAUAAAUACUGAUGAUAUUUUAACGCCUCCAGUUAUCAUGGCUGCUGCGCAGGAACACUUUAACCAGAACCAUCUAUCCUCCUCCAAAAAGAAAUCGCGUGCUGAUGCGAAAAUAUGGUGGGGAAAUAACGAGGAAGAAUCAGAUUUACUCGAGGACAAGACAAUGACCGCUAUGUCAAUGGAUACAAGCAGUCAGGCUGACGAUGGGCUGCCGACAAUUAGGUUUUCGGAGUCGGAGUCAAAGAUGGAAUUUGGGCGCACUAUCUGGAGUGUUACACCUAAGGAGCUUACUGAACUAUCAAAAAAUACGUCUGCUUUAUUGACCACUGAAUCAACACAAAAGCUGUCAUUCUCAUCAACCAAGACAGGCAAGCAGGAUUAUCAUAAUUGCGUCAAAGAAGGGGCGGAAGAAGGGAAAACACACAAAAUUUUCAAGAAAUACUACGGAUUGCCUAUCAUCCCAUUUUAUGAGUCAUCACGCCGCUCGGAGGCGUCGGCAGCAAAAGCAGGUUUGCUGAGUCCGCAAGCGAAGAUUAUACUCUCACAUGAUUUGGAUCACGGCCGGUCUGGUCUUUCAGCCAACACGGCCAUUUUUCAUCCGCGCCAGACAUGUGAAACAAAUGAACUUAUCCAGUUGGUAGAUGUCCCAUUUACGUCCAAGAAGGUUGCCCCACACAUGGAUUGGUGGCCGGGGGAUUGGAGAUGCACAAACUGCGGCAAUCACGUACUGCACCUUGGCUAA